GACGAAACAAGAUUUGAUCCAAUGGGCAUGACUCGUUACAUUGGUUAUCCGCUUGGUGAAUAUAUUCAACAUUGGCUAAGUUUCGAUAAAACCGCUAAAAAGGAUCCUUCAUCCAGUCAACUACCAAAAGUUUUCUUCUUGAAUCUGUUCAAAGAAAAAGCCGAGAAUAAAUUUCUAUGGCCUGGAUUCGGUGAAAACAUACGUAUUCUGCAGUGGAUUGUGCAUCGCAUCAGCAAGUCCGCCGAGGACACUGCUAUCAAAACAUUCCUUGGCUAUGUUCCUCGUUUGAACUCAAUGAAUCUUACCGGAAUAAAAGUGGACUGGGAUGAUUUGAUCGCAGCGCCGAAACCGUUUUGGGUGAAUGAACUGAGAAUUGUUCGAAAAACUUUGGAUUUAAUCAUUGGAAAUUCUGACUUUCCCAAGGCAAUCAGUGACGAAUUUUUCGAAUUUGGAAAACGUCUAUCGUCGACUUGA